AUGGCCAAUGCGCUUAGGCGGAUAAUGAUAUCCGAAGUUGCUACAAUUGCGAUUGACAUAGUGGAAUUCGAAUUAAACACUUCUGUCUUGGCUGACGAAUUUAUUGCACAUCGUUUGGGCCUGAUACCGUUAGAUAGUACCGAGGCUGAGAAGAUCAAAUAUUCUAGAGGAGUGGCAAAAGAGCAUGCUAAGUGGAGUCCCUGUGCUGCUGUCGCAUUUGAAUAUGACCCAUUUAAUAAACUCAGGCAUACACAUUAUUGGAUCGAGGAGGAUGAGAAAAAAGAAUGGCCUGCGAGCAAAAAUGCGGAGAAGGAUUUUCCCCCUGGAGAAGAUGAAGUAUUUGACUUUACGGCAAAGCCAAAUAGGUUUUACUUUGAAGUCGAG